CUGGCAAUGACUAGAUGACCAGCCACUACACACACCAGCAUCCUGUCCUGGAGCCUUGACAGGAGGGGACAAGAAAAAUCCCCACACACUCAAAGGCAAAACACUCUCUUCAAACAAUCCCACAUCCACUGGAUCAUGUCGUCUACUGGGUCAACCUACCACAACAAGCGACUGGCAUCGGAGACAGACAACACUCAGAGGGUGUUAGACAAUGAUUCUGCCCAGCACCUGAAGAUGCGGGAGAGACAGCGCUUUUUUGAAGAGGUCUACCAGCAUGAUGUAGACAACUACUUGCCCUCUGCUCACCUGCAGAUCGACUGCAGGAAACCUCCCAUGGGCAGCAUCUCAUCUAUGGAGGUAAAUGUGGAUGUCCUAGAGCAGAUGGACCUGAUGGACAUAUCUGACCAGGAGGCUCUCGACGUGUUUCUUAACUCAGGCUCUGGAGCAGACGAGGGAGCGCUGGCAUCCCCACUACCAGAGUGUGAGGACGAAGACGAAGAUGAGGAGGAUGAAGAUGCAGAGGUUGUCUACAGGGAACGUGCACCUUUGAAACGGCAAAAUGAAGUUUGCCGUGGCUCAAAGUCUCGCAUGUCCUCUACAUCGUCUGGCUCAAGUGACACCAGCGGGGCUGGAGUGGAUACACCCGUGAUCCAGUCGGACGAUGAAGAAGUCCAUGCUGACACUCUGCUGCUUACCUCUGUUCCCCAAACCAGGGAUGAAGAAACAGAGGAGGAAGAUGAGGAGGAAAGAUGCCUUUCAACUAAAUCCUCAUAA